AUGCAUGAAGCUCAGCAGCGAGUGCCUCUUGGCCAGAUUCUGCAGCAGCAACAUGCAAUGGUGCAGUUUCCACAGUUGGAGAUGAUAGAGAGAAAGUGUCGCCAGCCUGAAGCCAAAGAUUCUGAGAUGUGUAAGUUCAGCCCUGUUGACUGUGAAAGGGUGAAAGAAAGUCAGGAUAAAAAGCUGAAGAUGGUAGCCCUGGAGGUCAUCGCUGACCAGAAUGACCCAGAGAGAUAUAAGUCUCUUUGUGAUGCAGUUGAGAAAGAUUACUUGGAGACUGUUCGCCUGCUUCUCUCCUAUGGUGCUGACCCCAUUUUGAAUACUUACUCAGGUAGAACCAUCAUGGAUAUGACACAGAGCAAGCUUAUGGAAAUGUUUCUGGCAGAACCAAAUAUUAAGGCUGGAUUUAAUGUUUUGGCAAAUCCUCCAGGAGUGGACGACCAAGAUGAUGAGGAAAAGAUUGUCGGCAAUGCAUCUGAAUUUAAAUUUUCAGAUAGUCCUCUCUUACCUUGUUACAACAUCCAAGUGUGUGUUGCCCAGAGGUAA